AUGUUUUUUGACAGCUGAACUAAUAUCGAUCAUGGUUUUGAUUGAUGGGGAUGGGAUUUGGAAUAUCACUAGGCUAAUGCUUGGUGAAAACUUGUGCUUUGUGGGGACAGCAAUGGAUGGGUUGUAUUACACGUACUUUUGUCAUUUGACUGCUGCUACGAUUGGAGAGCCAAAGCAUCUUGAUAGGAGUUUAAAUGGGAAAGAGCCAAACUUGGUCCUAUCAAAUAAUGUCGAAGUGAAAGAAAGAGGUCCAUUCGACAUGUGGAACAGCAAUGUUUUCAAAACCGGACCGGUCAUUGAACCGUUUUCAGGUCCGGUUCCCGGUUUGACCGGUUCAACCGGUUGAACCGGUGAACCAGCCGGUCCAAACAAUAAAGAAGGUUUGAUGAGAGGAGCAAGCUAUAGGCAUUGAUUUUUUUAUUUGGUGUUGAUAAUUUUGUAAUUUUGUUAAAGUUAAAGGUUAAAAUGAGUAUAAGAAAGGAAUGGGAAGGGU